UAAAAAAUCCUUGGAAUAUGCCCAUCAGUGAUGGACAUGCAUGUCCACAUCGAAGAAAGGGUGGCUAUAUGGCCUACGGUUACAGCUGGAAGACUCAAAAAUGUCACCGGUUCUGGCAUAAAGGUUGCGGCGGCAACAAUAAUCAAUUUACAGCGGCGGAAAAUUGCUGGAAGACAUGCGCAGGAAACUCUGCAAGCAAAUGUUCGAAACCUCCUGAGGUUCACCGAUACUUGACCGGUUUCAGGAAGAGGUACUACUACAACGUGACUUCAGACAGCUGCAUGCCUGCGAAGUACUGGAGUGAAAGCACCCAAGGCAAAAAUAGAUUUACCGAGCUGACUGACUGUGAACGUGAAUGCAGAGCCUGGUACUCUGGGCCACUGUCAUGGAUGGAAUAAGCAAAAACCAGCAUACAUGCAUAUUUGUCGCUUGCUCUUUGACCACGGAAAAAGAAAUAAAUGGCUUCUGGUCAUAAUGUAACUAUUUCGUAAUAAACUCUGAAGUCAA